AUUUGCCAUUGUACAUGCCCAAUCGCCUAUACUUUCCGCAUUUAACUUGGAUGACAUUUUUAUUUCAUCAUUAGCAUCAGACACCAGACUGACAGACACGGUGGACACAGUUUGCGUUUUGACGAAAGAGCUCGGAAUGAGACAUCUCGAUGAUUAUACGUGUUUUUCUACCUCUCAAACGUUUUUAUUAUUUUUCUAGCUUAGAAGGACGUGUGUUUUGACGCGCUCCCCUGGUGUGAAAUCCCUCCGCUUUAAAUUACCGAGGAGAAUAAAACAGGAACCUCAUAAGGCCAGGUUAUCGACAGUCCCUAAGUCAGUUUUGUCUUUUUAAUUCCUGCUUCCGUGGUCCUCUGCGUUCAGACCACAACGAUGCCAGAGACAACGCCAGAGACGUGCGCUUCGGCCAAGGACUCUCCUUUCUUCAUUAAGAAUCUGCUGAACUGUGACAGCAAACCGUCCAAACCCAAGCCCGUACUGGCUGCCACCAAGGCGGCCUUAGAGGGAGGAUUUUCUCUUUCCCAAGUCGGGGACUUCAACUUUCCACGCUUUGACCUGCCCGCACAGAGGUUCAGUCUACCGGCUCACUACUUGGAGCGCACCUCGGCGUGGUGGUACCCAUACACCCUCAGCUCAUCCGCCCACCUACACAAAACUGAAGUCACCGAGAAAGCAGGAGCCCGAGACUCCUCUCCUACCUCGGGCACGGACAGAGACUCUCCGGACCUGGUACUCAAAUCCGAACCAGACCUCAAAGACGACGACGAAUUUGAUGAACACAAUAAUAACAAAAGUGGCGACGAGAUAAUCCUGGAGGAGAGCGACGCAGAAGAAACCAAAAAAGACGAUCUGGAAGAGUGGAAGAAGAGAGACGAGGACAAGAAGCCCUGCCGCAAGAAGAAGACGCGCACGGUUUUCUCCCGGAGCCAGGUGUUCCAGUUGGAGUCCACCUUCGACAUGAAGCGGUACCUGAGCAGCUCGGAGCGGGCCGGCCUGGCCGCGUCCCUUCACCUGACGGAAACUCAAGUGAAGAUCUGGUUCCAGAACAGGAGGAACAAGUGGAAAAGACAGCUAGCCGCGGAGCUGGAGGCUGCCAACCUGAGCCACGCCGCGGCGCAGAGGAUAGUCCGAGUGCCCAUCCUCUACCACGAGAACUCGGCCUCUGAGAGCGGAGGCGCCGCUGCCAACGUGCCCGUGAGCCAGCCGCUGCUCACCUUCCCGCACCCAGGGGUCUACUACUCCCAUUCCAUCGUCACACCUGUGCCGCUGCUCAGACCGGUUUGAAAAUACCUAAGCUUUGGGGUACAAGUUGGUGUUUCUUUCCAAAGUCAAGUAAAAAAGAAAAUAUUUUUAUACAACUGACAUAAUGAAGAAAAAAAUGAAAGAGACACUGUCAGGCCUAUGUGGACCUAUUUUGGCAAAAUUAUAUUGUGUCAUUUUCCAUAAGGAUGCCGUUUACACAUGAUCCAACAAUUCAAGCCCCAUAUUAUUAUUAUUAUAAUAUGAAAUCAUCACCUCAGGAGUCCUCCUGCUUAUACUGCCUAAAGAAUGUUCUAUUUUAUUUCAUGUUAUUUCACUUUAUCUCAUUUUAUUCUAUUUUAUUUUAGUUUCUCUCCGGUUUCUACACCCUAACUACUACUGGACUGACCUUGUUUACAAAAAAAAAAAGAGCGGCCAAAAGGCGCAGGUCUGCGUAUCAGCCAUCACACUUAUUUGAUUUAAUUUACAUUUCCAAAACUGAUAACACAUUGAUGUGCAAUACACUGGCGUGCUUGAGUAAAUGAAUUGACUCACUGGGAAACCUGUUUAGUUCUGUCAUCCAUUCACGGUGGACUGAUGACGCUUUGUUGUAAUAGUUCCCUUUUUUUUUGCUAUAAAGCGCGUGACGGGGGACAAUCAAGACACUGUCAACUGUAAAAUACCCUUGUAGCUUUAUGUUUAGUUUUGGUGAUUCUCACUCGUGUUCCCACCACAUGGACACAUCCUUCAAGCACAAGUGUGAGCUCCA